GGUCCAUGGUUCCAAGCCAGGCAGGGUAACGAAUCAUCUAACCAAUCUACAGAGGUGGAUCGAUUGAAAUGGGAUAACACUUAACAGUCCACUUCAUGCCAACAUCACUGCAAAGAUGGAUGCGACAUUAUUACUCUCCCAACUCACCUCUUUACAUUGUCUAACCCAGGAAACACUGGAGACCUUGACUCAUCAGUUCAAACUAUUCGGAAUCACUGAAGAGGGUUUGACGAAAGGGCUAGAUCUGGUCGAGACCGCUGCCAAUGCUAUCAAGAAUCUUCAGUCAUUGUUCAUUGUUACCACAACGAUAAGACCAGAAUCAUAUCACGGGGGACUAGAGUUUGAAGACCAGACUCGGAAGUCCACUGCUACAGGCCUGGUCGCAUUAGAGUAUACAGACGUCAUAGAUGAGGAGUCCAAAGUGAUGGUGAAGACUGAGCUUCCAGAACAACAAGAAGAUGCCACAUUGCCAGUGGAACAUGGAGAAUUGUUUAAUCACUUGGAUAAUGAAGAGGGAAUCGAUGAAGGCAUGCUCAUUCACACCUCGAGCCAGGCAAGGAACAUGGAAGACAUAUUCAUGGAUAAAGUGGCUUUCUCAGCUGACCGAUCAAGUGGAAUAGUAUCACCGCUGGGAUCUUCUAAAUCGUCAUCUGUUGUGCUAAAAAAGCUAAGAAUGCCGGGACCAACUGUUCCCAUGAUUUCCCAAAGGUCACUUGCAUCAGGAUCAUUUCAACUGCAGGCUGGUGGAUCUGUAUCACAUCCAGAAUCUUCUAAUUCAUCAAAUGAUGAUGUUCUUUGUAGGAUGAUGAUUCCUGACCUGACAGAUACUUCUACUUCAAACAAUUCAUUCGAACCACAAUCCAUUAAUUGCUAUUCUGUUGGAUCUGGACCAUAUCUAGGAUCUUCAAACUUAAGUGAUGAUCUUUGUAAGGUGCAAAUAUCUGAACCGUCAGGUCCUUCUGCUUCAAGUGAUUCAGUCAGAGCAGUGUCUAUCAAAUGCUACUCUAGUGGAUCUGUUUCUCAAAGAUCUCCUGAAAUGACUAUAGAACAUCCACAUAAAGUGGAAAUGCCAGAAAUAAUAGAUCUUACUGAUGGUAAAGAUUCGGACACACCGGGGCCUGCACGGAUCCCUUCAAACCAAAAGAAUGUUGUCUACAAGAAACCAAACAGAAUGUGUCCAUUUUGUUGUAAGCGGUGUGGAGCUACACUUAAGAGGCAUAUACGUGCAGUACAUAAAAAUGAUGAAAGAGUGAAAGAAGCUCUUAAGCUUCCCAGGAAGGAGCAGGCCAUAGCAUUUUCCAUUUUUAGAAAAGAAGGCAUUUCCCUUUCAAAAACAGAUAAAGUGAAUAAAAAACAUCCGGCCUAUAGAAGGGAGAGGCGAGGCAGGAAAUCUGACAAACUUAUCAUUUGUGGAAUCUGCCAAGGCUUUUAUUCAAAACAAACUCUUUGGAUACAUAAGAAGUACUGCAAAGGACCAUCAACCUUGAUCAGCAGGUUUGGGAACAGGAAAACUAAAAGACAGAUUCCCACAUCAAAGAAGGCAACGAAUGAAGAUGCGCUGCAUGAAGAAUCAUCCUUAUCUCCUUUCUGCUCAAGGGGAUCGCUGUCAAGUUUACCUAAAUUGUCAAUAGACGACGUUCCACAAAGGCUGCCAAUGCAGGAACUGAUGAUUCCUUUUACUUCCAACCAGUCAAGUGGAUUAUUUCCCAUUCAGCAGUAUUCUAUUGGAUCUGUAGAUCCAGUUCCUUCAUCUUCAAAUGACUUGGCCAGAUCGAGGUCUUGGAAGCACUGUUCUAAGAGAUUUGCUUCAUCAGGUUCUCCUGAAAUGCCACAUGGACAUCCAGUCAUGGUGGAAAUGUCAGAACUGAUAGAUCCCUCUAUUUCCCAAGAGACACUUGCACCAGGAUCAAUUCAGUAUCAUUCUGUUGGAUCUGAAUCGUAUCAAGGUUCUUCUCAAUCAUCAAAUGAUGAUGUUCUUCAUACGAUGGCAAUUUCAGAAAUUACAGCUCCUUCUACUUCAAAUAAUCCAUUUGAACCACGAUCCAUCAAGCGCUUUUCUAGUAGAUCUGUUUCUCAUGGGUCUCCUAAAAUGUCUCUAGAACAUCCAAGUAAGGUGGAAAUGCCAGAAGUAAUAGAUCUCUCGGAUGAUACGGAGUCCGACACGCUAGUGCCUGCACAGAUCAGUUCAAACCAAAAGAAUGCUGUCUACAGGAAACCAAACCGAAUCUGUCCAUUUUGUUGUAAGGGGUGUGGAGCUACACUUAAGAGGCAUAUACGUGCAGUACAUAAAAAUGAUGAAAGAGUGAAAGAAGCUCUUAAGCUUCCCAGGAAGGAGCAGGCCAUAGCAUUUUCCAUUUUUAGAAAAGAAGGCAUUUCCCUUUCAAAAACAGAUAAAGUGAAAGAAAAACAUAAAGCCUAUAGAAGGGAGGGGCGAGGAAGGAAAUCUGACAAACGUACCAUUUGUGGAAUCUGCCAAGGCUUUUAUUCAAAACAAACUCUUUGGAUACAUAAGAAGUACUGCAAAGGACCAUCAACCUUGAUCAACAGGUUUGGGAACAGGAAAACUAAAAGACUGAUUCCCACAUCAAAGAAGGCAACGAAUGAAGAUGCGCUGCAUGAAGAAUCAUCCUUAUCUCCUUUCUGCUCAAGGCGAUCGCUGUCAAGUUUACCUGUAUUGUCAAAAGAUGACGUUCCACAAAGGCUGACAAUGCAAGAACUGAUGAUUCCUUCUACUUACAACCAGUCAAGUGGAACAGUUCCCAUUCAGCAGUAUUCUAUUAGAUCUGUAGAUCCAGUUCCUUCAUCUUCAAAUGACUUGGCCAGAUCAAGGUCUGGGAAGCACUAUUCUAAGAGAUUUGCUUCAUCAGGUUCUCCUGAAAUGCCACAUGGACAUCCAGUCAUGGUGGAAAUGUCAGAACUGAUAGAUCCCUCUAUUUUCCAAGAGUCACUCGCACCAGGAUCAAUUCAGUAUCAUUCUGUUGGAUCUGAAUCGUAUCAAGAAUCUUGUCAAUCAUCAAAUGAUGAUGUUCUUCAUACGAUGCCAAUUUCAGAAAUUACAGCUCCUUCUACUUCAAAUAACUCAUUUGAACCACAAUCCAUCAAGCACUUUUCUAGUAGAUCUGUUUCUCUUGGGUCUCCUAAAAUGUCUCUAGAACAUCCAAGGAAGGUGGAAAUGCCAGAACUAAUAGAUCUCUCGGAUGAUACGGAGUCCGACACACCAGGGCCUGCACAAAUCAGUUCAAACCAGAAGAAUGCUGUCUACAGGAAACCAAACCGAAUGUGUCCAUUUUGUUGUAAGCGGUGUGGAGCUACACUUAAGAGGCAUAUACGUGCAGUACAUAAAAAUGAUAAAAGAGUGAAAGAAGCUAUGAAGCUACCCAAAGAGGAGCAGGCCAAAGCAUUCUCCCUCUUUAGACAAGAAGGCAUUUUCCUGUCCAACACGAUUAAAGAGAAAGAGAAACAGCGUAUGAAAUGGAGAGGAGAGGAAAGAAAACUACAGAACUGACCAUUUGUGGAAUGUGUCAAGGCUUUUAUUCUAAACAAAAUAUUCAUAGUCAUGAGAAGGUGUGCCAAGGAUAUUCAUCCUUGCAAUGAUUCAUGGUCAUCAGUGAAGGGAAAUAGAAAACAAAGGAGGUAAGAAGUCACAUACGGUAACAAUCAUUCCUGCUUUAGCAAAGAUCUGUAUAGAAAUUACUACCCGUCAAUAAAGAUCACAAACUUGUUUUCCCUUUGAAUGCAUGGAAGUUUUUCAAGUUGAUCUUGGUCCCAUAACACUAGGGGAAUUAUUUUGUUUUACAAAUUUGAAUAGCAUUUUUGGUCAUAAGAGAAAAGCUCUCAACUAAGUAAUGUACAGUCCUAUGUAAAAAUAUGCUAUACAAAAGACUUUAUGCAUAGCAGUCUUUCAAAAAUGUGGAGCAAAUUGUGAUGCAAUACCAGGAAAAUUAUUCCCUGACACAAAGGUUAGCAAUUAAUUGUACGCUUGAUUUUCAUGAUUAAUUGUACAUUGUAGUCAAUCUUAAAAAUGUUCUACGAUAAUUGCUAAGCUUUGUGUUACUGGCCUCUGCUCAUAUAACCAAACGUUUAGUCUCCUGUGGGUGGUCUUUAGAUCUUGCAGGAUGUUUCAUGAAUAAGACUUCAGAGUCUUGUAUAAAUGCUGACAUGCACAUGAUACAUAAUGCGUAAUUUUAUUUAUAAAUACAGACUUAGCAUGCAUCCUCUUAGCAUGGUUUGACCGAUGUGGUGAUGACUUUUAUACCGCAGGCAACUGGGAAUUCAGAGUGCGACUCUGUUCACUGUUUAUGUCAUGGUUGAAUGAGCACACUUCAACAUUAAUGCAUCAAAUGCUAUAAUUUCUUGGUUGUAAAUAAUAAUAAUAAUAAUAGUGAUAUCUUAUUGAGCAAGCACACCGUCCAGAGACGCUCAUGGCACUAGCGCAGCAACAGUUCCUUUAGGGAGAGGUUGCUCCUUUGACAAAUAUUCUUUGCUCUCUUUUGCACGACUAGAGCUGCCAACUAUUACAAAAAUUAUUAUUUGUUCCAAAAUAUGAUAGGAAUAUGAAAGAUCAAAAGGGCAAGUCAAAAUUGUGAAUUUGGGGAAAAGGAAGGAAAGGGGGGGGAGAGCUUCUUCCAUUAGAAUGCAUAAAGUGUUAAACGUGUGAGCAAUUGGUAAUAGACGAUGAUAAAGAAUGUGGAAUAGUCGUAGAAGGAGAGGAAAAAAAUCAAUCAGUGAAGUUGUUAUUCGGUGUUGUCCUCUUGAAAAAAAAAAAAACUCAAGGUUUCUCUUUGUAUCAUGCCAACAAUUGCUUAUUUUAAUACCAAAAAAAUAUCCCAAAGUUAGAGUAACUUUUCACUUCUGAAUAUGAAAACAUCUACCUCAUCCUAAUUGAAUUCUUCCUCAAAUAGGGAGUUUGGUGAGUUUUUGAUUUUUGUACAGCACCCCCAUAAAUUUGGUAUCAUUGGAAAGAUAAUUUAAAGAGAUUUCCAGUGUAAUAUCCCUCUUUUCCAUCAGACUCAAAUCUGUGACGAAUCCUCUUUCCUACUAGGAUUGGUACACUUUCAUCACCUUGACCACCCUGUGGACCUACUUCUUUGGUAUAUGAAUUCUUAAUAAGGAGUUUCAAGUUUUCAGUGAGCUGUCCAUGGUCCAAAUUCACAUGGUUUCCUCUUCCAUCUUUCUUGGAAAAGGUAUAUACAUCUUUGAGAGCACUGUCUAGUGGUUUUUGUUCUAGCACUUCUUUACGAAAAUUCAGCUGUGCUUUCAGAGCUUCCAUCUUGUUUGAUUUAGUCUUGAGCAAACUUAAGGCAUCAUCUACACGUUGCUCCGUUUGUCACAGGCCCCAAUGGACAAUGUUUUCUGUUAAUUUCUCUUUCCGCUUGAUAACUUUUGCCUUUGCUUCCUCGGCAGCUUUCAUUUUUUCUGCUACUGCAAUUCUACGACUCUGUUGUAUCUGCUUUUGUCUCUGAAAGCUUUCCAAAGCUUAGCUACAUUUCUGCUAACCUUAGAGAAGAGUCGUGCCUUUUCAGAUUCAGUCUUUCCCUUCAACCAGGCAAGUGUCUUAUUGUGUGAGAACAUAAUGUAGGCCUCUGCCGCAACUGUUGAUAGAUUUGGUUUUUCCUUCAGCAGCCUUUCAAGAUGUCCGAACACACUUUCAGAAAACUUAUUGUGUUUGGGAAGACCUUUUGCUCUUUCACGUUCCUCCUCGCUUGCACCAUGCCACCGUCCACCAUCUAGGUGAUCUGCAAAUAUUCUCUUUAGAAGAGUUGCCAUAGCUACCAGCAUAUUUGAUAACACAACUUCAGUCUUAUCUUCAAACUGUGUUUCAUUGAUGAGAGCUUUGAAGAUUGCGUCACUAUCCAAUGAGUGUUGUUCAGCAAAUAGAAGUCUCAAUGACCCUUCCAUGAAAUUUCUGACAUGCUCACUAACAUGUGGGAUGAAGUCAAUGAUGGUUUGAUAUCACUCUCCAAUGUCCAUGAGAUGGAUCUCUGUAUCCUCUAUCGAGCUCCAUAAGGGCAUCGUGACUAAGUACGACACCAAUCCAGGUGCUUUGCAUCCUGCUAAGUAUUCUUCCACCUUGAGAUCAUAAAGAACAGCCUUGAGAAGCUUAUUGUCUGCGUUACUGUCUAAGAAAAUGGUGAGUUCUUCGUGAGAAAAAACACCCCUCCUGCAUUUUGAAAGAGUAUGUUAAAUCUAUUUCCGCGGAACUGCUCAAGUGGAACUUUGUUGUAUCCUUCACUCUUCAACCAUGCCCUGGCAUAUUCCAAAAAUCUACCAUGGCAGCCAGACUUCUCAUCACCACCCCGCGAUAUCGCUUUGCAGACCUGGUUGUGCCAGAUUCUGUUGAUUUCCUGAAUGACUUGUCAAAGACAGGUGCUUCUUCAGCGAAAAACCCGCGUUGAGUUUCACAAAGGGAUGCUGAUGAUACCUCAGCCAAGUGGACAAGUGCAUGUAGACCACAAAAGAAGUUACAUAACUUUCCCAAUGACAACUUCUCAUUCUCAGAAAGCAAGUCAUAAUUUUCAACAGUCUGUGGGAGAAUUUCCUUGCGAUAUUCUUCUAACAAAUGAUUGAACUUCUGCUGGGUACUUGCUCUGUCUGACAUGGUAGAAGAUGUAUUCAGCAGAAUCUUCUUAGUUGAGUCAUUUGCACUCAAAGAAACUUCUUCGAUAUUUUCAAGUAUGUAUUUAAAUUUAUUGAGGACAUCUUGUCCUGCCUUGGACGCAAUGUCUCUUAUUCCCAGGACCCACAGUUUACCUUCACUGUCACUGACAUGGUAACCCUCAAACUUCUGUCCAUACUUGGAUGUUUCAUCACUAAGAAGUCCUAGAUUCUUUUUCCCUGGUAACUCUUCAGCCAAUUGUUGUUGUGCCACUAUAAGUCUCAUUAAGUUCCAUUCGUGAAUGGUACUUUUACUAGGCAGCUCGUUUGUUUUGAGCCUCGCUAGGUUCAAGACUGAAGUAAUUACUUUUCCGAUCUGGCUAUAUUGGACAUUAUGGUUUAAAAGAGAGAGCACACAUUCCUUAAAUUCUAAAGAAUAGUGACCAUUACUGUCCUAAUUGGGAGAUCAUCAUUGACCAUUUCUCUUAGCCACAAAUUUUCAUCAAUCAAAUCUUUCUUUUUACUUUCCAUUUGUGCCAAAUUUUCUUUUAUCUUUGUAUUUUCAUCAUUUGAUUUCUGCCUGAUUUUCUUCGAUUUCUGCCAGAAUUUACAAGUUUCUUCUGGAUUUUGGAUGAUUUGCCUUUGAAGUAUUUCAGCCUUGACCUUAUCCUUUUAAGUUCUCCAUCUUUAUCUCUUAUUUUCUGUUUUAACGACAAAUUAUCUUGUCUUAGCUCUGAAUAGGGUAUUUUCUUGCGUAAUGUUCUGGACCUUGUCUGUAUUGCAGGUGACACUACUUCUCUUUGCACUGCUGUGGAUGUUGGCACUGCUGUUGAUGUUGGCACUGCUGUUGAUGUUGGCACUGCCGGUGAUGUUUGCACUGUGUGCUCCGUUCGACAGGCUUUCAUGGGAAGUAAAAAAUCCCCUUCUAAAAAAGUGUUGGCUUGUGGGCCUCCAUCACGUUUCUCGCUCUUUCGAAACUUAUAUGUUUUCAUAAAGUUCUGUAACUUUUUCCUGUAUGCAGUUUUUGAGGGUCUUUGGUGAACUGGGAUGGUAUGUGAUGCCAUUAAUAUUUCCAAUGAUGCAUUUUGACCUUUGGUAGUUAUGAGUUCUAGUACUGUUUUAUUUUUCAUUUUGUUUCAAGUUUUCUAUAUUCAUCAGAAUUCAUCUAAUUACAUAGAUACGCAGGUCAGCAUGAUGUCUUCAAAUGCCUGGUACUCAGGUGUCGCAGGUUCAUCAGAGAAUCUUGUAAGUAACAUACUGAUUGCAAAAGAAUAACCUGUAUGUUCUACUGUCGUCUCUUCUUUGUAUUCAAAAGUUCGAUCAGACAAUGCUGUGUCCAGUGAGAAUAAAAAUUCUCUCAUAACAUACCUUUCAUCUUUUUUUGCAGUCUUAUGUGAAGCAACUGCACUGAGAAGUGCUGUUUUCCCUUGAGAAUCACUGAAAGUUUGUGAAACAAAGUACAGUCUAUGCCUUCUGUUUGAAUGGACUAGUGGAUUUAUCAUAGAUUUAAAAGCGAAAGACAUGAUAGCAGACUCAAAACUUGUUUGGGUUCCAAUUGAAUUUUUUUCAAUGCAAAGUAAGGGGUAAAAAGGGUAGAAAGAGAAUACGUUUGAAACAUAUGGUGAAAUCUACAAAAUAGCACACUUUGAAUUAUAAUCAAGAAGCAGGCAUUCCUGAUGAAACUAAAUAAAGGCAUACGAGCUAAAAGAUGCGACCCCUUUCAAAUGUUGUAACAGUAGUAAUAUUUUUUUCAUAUACUACCGAUGACAAUAAUAACAAAAUAUUAUCCUAAUAAUGAUUAAUAUUAAGGAUAAUGAUAAUAGGGCCUAAUCAUAAUAAUAAUAGACUACAUUAUUUCUGUAAUAAAGG